AUGGCCACUUCAUCCAGCAUCUUGGGAACAAUCAAAGGUCUGAUUGUCUGCUUCUACUCGUCCAUCAUCUUCACAUCGACACAGACACACCAUGUGGAUAACACUCAGCCGGCCCCUCGGGCGCCCACCAACUUGACCUUGACAGGGCACAUCCCGCCAGACCAGCUCUUCAGUUUCGUCUACGUGCCCUUCAACGUCUCCGCCGAGGUGACAUCCAUCUCCGUUGUACAGAAUUACUCGUUCAAGGGCGCGGGCAAUGCACUCGACCUAGGUGUCUUUGAUCCUCACGGUAUCGCGCCUAUCAAUAGCGAGACGGGGUUUUCUGGCUCGCGAGGCUGGUCGGGAGGGUCGCGCAACAACUUCACCAUCUCUGGAAGCGAUGCCACGCCAGGAUAUAAUGCUGGACCUCUCCUCCCUGGAACAUGGAAUGUCGUGCUGGGGCCUUACGCAACCAACCGCUCGGGGAUUGACUGGACACUUGACAUCUCCCUCUCUUACUCCCCCCUAGACUCUACCCCUUGGAGUCCCUCACUGGCUCCUACCUACAAAGAGCCACUUUCCACUCCGUGGAAAUGGCUCCGCGGUGACUUUCACAUGCACACCAUCUACUCUGACGGCUGGUACCUACCCAGCGAGCACAUGGCCCACGCCAUCUCCCAAAAUCUCGAUUUCAUCUUCUUCUCCGAGCACAACACCGAUUCCGGGAACAACAACAUCGGGCGCCACAUCCCCCGGACCGCGAAUGCGUCGAGUGAUCUGCUCAUUGGCCGGGCGAUUGAAGUCACCACCCGACACGGCCAUUGGCAAGCGAUAGGACUCGAGCGGGCGCAGCAGGUGGAGUGGAGGUAUACCAAUGCCACGGGCGACACGGGCUUCGUCGAUGCGGCCACUCAGGUGCGCCGUUCCGGCGGUCUGGUCUCGAUCAACCACCCAUUCGAAAAAUGUUCAAGGUGCGAUUGGACGUUGGACUGGGAGCACAAUGAUGCGAUUGAAGUCUGGAACGGCCGGUUUGACCCCCGGGAUGAAGCGGCAGUGCAGUUCUGGCAGGGUGAGCUCGUGAAAGGUAAAAAGCUCACCGCAUUAGGAGGAAGCGAUGCACACAGGCCGCCGGAUGUCAAUGGCUUGCCCACGACCGUUGUGAGGGUCACGGGAGCCAAGAGCCAGGCGAGUAUUGUCGAGGGCGUCAGGAACGGCCGGGUAUAUCUGGUCCAAGGGCCUGGGAUGGACAUGGACUUUGGGCUAGUCUACGGAGACGGUAGAAAGAGGGCAGAGAUCGGGGAUGUCGUCCCAAAGACGGACUUGGGUGCUGAUACAUACGCAAGUCUCUCUGCUACCGGGUUUGAAUCAUUAGCCGCACAUGCUUGCUUUGUCUCCGAGAAGGGCUAUUUCCAAAAUGUGUCCCUUCAAAAUGCGCAGCGUGUUCAGCACAGUUUGGCUCCCGACAUGGACUUUAUCAGAGUCGAGAUUCGGAAUGCGUCGGAUACAUUGCUGGGCCUGACGAAUCCGGUCUAUUUCGAGUGA